GAUGGAAACUACGAUUUCUACAUCACUGUGGUGAAUAAAUUCCGUCGACCAAUCAAUGGCCGUUUCUUCCGAGUACACCCAGUCACGUGGUACGGCCAUAUCUCUAUGAGAGUCGAGUUUUAUGGUUGCGUGACAGGAAAACGAUGCAAUGUCCCACUUGGCAUGCAAAACCGUCGCAUCAGCAACGCAAGAAUCACAGCCUCAUCGUACCACAGCAGCGCUCUCUCUCCACAAAUGGCUCGUCUACACUCUGCCAGGUCAUGGAGUUCUCGUAUUAACGACCAUUACCGUCAGUGGCUGCAAAUGGACCUGGGUCGACCAACACGUAUCACAAAGAUUGCUACUCAAGGACGUAAAGACGCUCGACAAUGGGUCAAGAGAUACACUCUGUCUUACAGUCAAGACGGGGCUGUAUUCACUGACUACAAGGCUCCCAACUCAUACACGAAAAGAUACUUCUAUGCAAACAAGGACCAGAAUUCAGUGCGACAACAUCGUUUGUUUCCACGAAUUAGAUGUCAGUUUUUCCGUGUCCACCCAUACACAUGGUACGGUCAUAUCUCAAUGAGGGUUGAGCUUUACGGUUGCGCUGAAGACAGGUGUUUCAUGCCCCUCGGUAUGGAGGACAAACGUAUACGUAAUGGACGUCUAACUGCCUCGACAUACUAUAACUGGUAUCUACAGCCUAAUCAUGGCCGUCUGCACCACCGAUGGUCCUGGACACCAAAGAAUCAUGCAGCUACUCAAUACUUCCAGAUCAAUCUUCUUGAUAUAACGACAGUGAAAGGAAUAGCUACCCAAGGUCGAUAUGACGCCAACCAGUGGGUCAAGACAUACAGAGUGCACUAUAGUACAACAGGUGUCAAGUUCACGCCUUACAGUGAUAGACCACGUGUCAAGGGACGACGUGCUCCACCCACAAAGCUUUUCAAAGGCAACACAGACAGGCAUUCGGUAGUUUUCCAAGAGUUUGUGCGUCCAUUCCGUGCAAUCUACGUUCGUAUUUAUCCAGUCCACUACUACAGCUGGAAGUCCAUGAGAGUUGAACUCUUUGGCUGUAACAGAAAGCCUUGCAGUACUCCACUUGGAAUGCGGAGUAAGGCAAUCAAGAACAGACAGAUYACUGCAGCAUCGUAUUUGAACAAUGCUUACGCGCCUUAUCUUGCAAGACUGAACAACAAGCCUCAUGGAAGACACCAAGGCGUGUGGUGCUCUCGACACAACAACUACUUCCAGUGGCUCAAAGUCGACUUACUGCGCAUGACAACGGUGACMCGUAUCGAUAUMCAAGGUCGAUAUAACAGCGGGCAGUGGGUUACCCAAUUCUGGCUCUAUUACAGUGUUGACGGGAAUCAUUGGGCUAUUUACCGAUGGAAGAACGCUGACACGAUGUUCAAAGGAAACAACGACCAAUACACGGUAAAAUCCAAUGCUUUCAAUCCUCCAAUUUAUGCACGUUACGUCAAGAUUAAUCCACGUGGCUGGCGAUCUAGGAUCUGUAUGAAGAUUGAACUCUUUGGUUGUCGUGCAAACCGUUGCGAGGCUCCUCUUGGUUUCCAAGACUACCGAAUCAGGAAUUCCAUGAUGUCUGCCUCCUCGUAUACCUCCUAUCAUUACUCAGCCCGAUUGGCAAGAAUCCAGGAACGUAAUGUCGGAAACUACAGAGGUGGUUGGUAUCCUAAAUACAACAGACGAGGCGAAUGGAUCCAGGCGGAUCUUGGAACUACUGCACGCAUUUACAAAGUGGCAACCCAAGGACGCUACGAUGCCAACCAGUUCGUCAAGACCUAUACGCUGUCGUAUAGUAAUAAUUGUUUGAAGUUUACACAGUACAAAGUUGGAGGACAAGUGCGCGUGUUCACGGGUAACGUGGAGAGAUAUUUCGUGAAUGUCAACCGUCUUGUUCCUACCAUCAAAGCUCGAUGCGUUCGUCUUUACCCUCAGACUUGGUACAGUCAUAUUGAACUGAGAUGGGAGCUGUAUGGAUGCAGACUGUCUCACCAAUGUAACCGUGCAAUGGGAAUGCAAAAUGGUCGUAUCAAUACUCAUAUGGUAAAGGCCUCUUCCUACUGGGACAAUAAUCUUGCUCCAUGGAAGGCUCGCCUCAAUCAACACCGAUCAUGGUGUGCAGGCAUUAACAACUACUACCAAUGGAUCGAGGUGAACUUCAGACGACCAAGCAAGAUCGUACGAGUUGCUACGCAAGGACGCUCUGACGCUGACCAGUGGGUAACGUCGUAUUACGUCGAKAGCAGUGUUGAUGGAGUGCAHUUCUCAGAGUAUACAGAAUUCAACUCCAAGAAGCUCUUCACUGCUAACAGAGACAGAAACACAAUCAAGUACAACACUUUUAACCCYGCCAUCAGAGCACAGUAUGUUCGYAUUAAGCCAUGGCGAUGGAGAAGCCACAUUUCAAUGAGAUUUGAGUUCUAUGGAUGYCAUAUAAGCUCCUGCUACAUGCCCCUUGGUAUUCAAGAUCGUMGAAUCCCAGCRGGCCGUUUCCGMGCAUCGUCCAGCCUCAACUACAACUAUGGACCAGAGCGYUCAAGACUUGCAAUGUACGCUAGAAACAGUAGGACCGCAGGCUGGCUCGCUAAGCACCGUAACGCUCACCAAUGGCUCCAAGUGGAUCUUGGGAAAAAGACAAGGAUUACUGGUAUUGCGACUCAAGGACGCAACACUGGUGCUCAGUAUUGCAAGUCGUACAUCUUGCAAUACAGCAAUGACGGAGUACGCUUCAGGAACUAUCAUUCUUAUGGUCGGCUUAGGAUCUUCCGUGCCAACUUCGAUAUUUACCAUACCGUGACACGCAGGAUCGAGCCGUCCAUCAACGCUCGUUACAUCCGUGUUCAACCAAAAACCUGGAACAGUUAUGUUGCUCUUAGGUUUGAGCUCUAUGGUUGCUCACGAGCACGAAGAUGCGCUUCGCCUAUCGGACUUCAAAAUAAGAAACUCAAGAACUCUCUUAUUACUGCGUCAUCGACUAAAAGUGCUGCCUACCCAGCAUUCCUUGCACGAUUGCACAACCACCGUAGAGGAAGGUAUAUGGGUGUAUGGAUGCCUCGAACUAGCAACCAUAACCAAUGGCUUCAGGUCAACGCUGGACGAUCCAUGAGUAUUACUGGUAUCGCCAUCCAAGGACGCAAGGACACGCGAAAAUGGGUCCGAUAUUUCUACAUGAAAUACAGUACCGACGGCGUGUUCUUUAGCUACCUUCGACAAUGGAAGGGAGGGUAUUUGAAUGUCUACGCCAAUUACGAUCAAAAGUCUGUGGCCACCCAGUCGUUUGACCCUGCUCUACUCGGUCAAUACUUCCGACUGUAUCCAAGGUCGUGGUACUCAGAGAUCGCUAUUCGUAUGGAGUUGUACGGUUGUGCAUGGGAUCGUUGUGAUAUGCCUCUUGGUCUCGAGAGCUUCCAAAUUGCAAAGCAACGUAUCCGUGCAUCAUCAUACAGCGUUCAUCCGCAAUACGCACGUCUACGUAACAACUACGCGUGGUGCGCACGUCAUAAGAACCGUAACCAGUGGUUAGAGAUUGACUUAGGUACGACAGCCAGGGUCAAGAGGAUUGGUACCCAGGGUCGCUCGAACUCCGUCCAGUGGGUCAAGAAGUACUAUGUAACAUCCAGUCUUAGAGGACAGACCUUCAGGCCUUACAGAGAAGGCAAAGCCACUAAGAUAUUCCUUGCAAACUUCGACCAGUUUAUCGUUGUCAUAAAUCGUUUCGUACGUCCAAUCAACGCUCGUUACAUCAGAGUACACCCCGUCGAAUGGCGAAGUCACGUUUGUAUGAGGAUUGAAUUAUACGGUUGCAUCACAGGAAAACUGUGCAACAGACCACUGGGAAUGCAGAGUAGAAAGAUCAAGAACUCGCAAAUGGUCGCUUCCUCAGAAGCUGACGUUAAUCAUGGUGCAUAYCGGGCUCGCCUCCAUACCAGGCGACAAGGUGCUAGAAGAGGAGCCUGGUGCGCAAGGCGAAAUGACCGUUACCAAUUCUUGCAGAUUGAUUUGGGCGGACCAUCCAGAGUCAUUAAGAUUUCUACUCAAGGACGUCAAGAUUAUGACCAAUGGGUAACACAAUACUAUCUGAGCUGGAGCGUCGACGGUGCCAAUUAUGCCGAAUACAUGAACGAGCAUAGCUCAAGAAAAUACUUUACAGGCAACAGAGACAGAAACAGCAUAGUACAGCAUCGUUUCUUCCCACGUAUCAAGGCACGAUUCAUACGUAUUCAUCCAUGGGGCUGGAGAAGCCACAUUUGCAUGAGGGUUGAGCUCUAUGGCUGUCGCACAAGUCGUUGUAACAUGCCUAUGGGUAUCCAAGAUGGCCGUAUUGCCAAUGGACAAAUGAGCACAUCUACCUCACACUACCCCCCAUGGAGAGCGAGACUUUUCACCCGUUCUUACUGGUAUGCCAGGACUCAGAAUACAAACCAAUGGUUACAAGUUAACUUUGCUGCUCAGGCUGUAUUAACUGGUGUUGCGACACAGGGUGCUUACAACUCGCGAUGGGUCAAGAGUUAUAUACUCCAGCACAGCCGUGAUGGUAGACAGUUUUAUCCAGUCAAACAAGGAGGACGAGUCAAAGUCUACACCGCCAACAGUGAUCGCAACACAGUUGUYUUCCACAACCUUCCCAAUGUUCGCUGUGUUUUUAUUCGUCUCUAUCCAAGGUCUUGGUAUGGAUAUAUCCACCUUAGAGUCGAAUACUUUGGAUGUGGAGAACGCUUCUGUAACAACCCACUUGGCUUAAGCAACGGACGUCUUAAAGGUUCACGCAUCUCAGCAUCCUCCCAGAUCAACAACCAGUACCGAGCUGAGCUGGGUCGACUGAAUAACCGAAUACGGGGACGCGACCAGGGAGCCUGGUGUGCACAGCACAAUAACCAUUACCAGUGGUUCCAGGUUGACUUUGGAAGAACAAUGAAGAUCAASGAAAUUGCAAUUCAAGGAAGACCAAAGCACAAUUGGUUUAUGAAAACUUACUACGUACAGUACAGUUUGGACGAAGUUCACUGGAGCUACCAGAAAUACUAUAACUCAAUCAAGACUUACGCAGCCAACCGCGAACUAUACAGCAUGGUAACCGCUGCCAUGAACCCACCAUUGCUAGGCCGUUACGUACGUAUUAUUCCACGUGGCUGGUACGCACGUAUCUGCUUGAGGGCUGAGUUCUAUGGAUGUCCUGAAAAUCGUUGUGAAAUGCCUUUGGGUAUGCAAGAUGGUCGUAUCCUCAAGAACAUGAUCACAGCUUCCAGCAUACACUCUAGUACUGCGUACCGUCCAUUCCACGCAAGACUGUACUACGCUAGCGGAUCAUGGUUCGCUCGUAUACGCAACGCACACCAAUGGUUACAAAUUAACUUGGGCAUUGGCUCUAUUGUAAGGGUGAUAGCCACACAAGGUUCUUAUAAUGGAUAUUGGGUGAAGAAAUACACCUUGUCUUACAGCAACAAGGGAUUCAAGUUCAUUCCAUAUAGAGAAGGAAAGCAUGUCAGGAUGUUCUUAGCAAAUUACGACCGAUACCAAGUUGUGAAAAACAGACUUCUGAAGCCKAUUAGAACACGUUAUGUCCGAAUUCACCCCAAACUCUGGCACAGUUAUAUAGCUAUGCGUGUAGAACUCUACGGUUGCCGCCUCGGAAAGAUCUGUAACCAGCCUCUUGGAAUGAGAAGUGGCCGUAUUCCUAAYAGUAGGGUCUCAGCUUCUUCGCAGUAUAACAAGUUUACUGGCCCAUCAAGAGGUCGYUURUACGURAAGAAAGCAGGUCAUUAUCAUGGGGCCUGGAUACCAAAGUUCAACAACCGCUACCAAUUUUACCAGGUUAACUUUGGAAGACCAACCAAGAUUAUGAUGAUCGCCACACAGGGAAGACAGGAUGCUAGACAAUGGGUGACACGUUACCGCAUUAUGCAUAGUGUUGACCCAGUUCAUUUUGUCUUCUAUAAGGAGAGGAACUCUGACAAGUACUUCUAUGGUAAUCGAGAUCAAAACUCAGUCAGGACCAACAAGUUCUUCCCACAUAUCAGAGCUCGAUUCAUUCGUGUCAUUCCAUACCAAUGGUACAGUUACAUCGCAAUGCGAGUGGAGUUUUAUGGUUGCUACAUUGCAUCCAAAUACUUGCCUCUCGGUAUGGAGGACUACCGUAUUCCAUCGGGUGCCCUGAGCUCUGGUAACCACGACAGCUAUUACAACUCUAAUGGUGAUCGCGCUCGUCUAAACGACUACGCACGUAGCGGUUUCACAGGUGGWUGGUACACACCCCACAGAAACCAUCACCARUUCCUACAGAUCGACAUCGGAGCACCAGCUGUCGUUACUGGCAUUGCUACUCAAGGACGAAUGGCUUCCAAUUAUUGGGUCAGGUCUUACUUGAURAAGUACAGUUAUAAAACAACUGGCUUUAAAUAUUACAUCAUGUUUGGCCGUGCAAGGGUAUUCCGUGGAAACUGGGACCGAUAUAACACAGUUUUAAGACGAAUUGACCCCAACAUCCAUGCACGAUAUAUUCGCAUAUACCCACGAACCUGGCAAACCUACAUCGGUAUGCGAGUCGAGCUGUACGGUCAAAGGAAAGGCGAACGAUAUCCUGUUGCCGUCGGAAUGCAAUCKGGACGCAUCAAAAACAGCCAGCUUACAGCUUCAAGUCAAAUAAACAAAUACUACGGACCACAACUUGCUCGUCUUCUAAGGACCUACAAGCAUGGGUACCAACCAGCCUGGACACCCAGAGUGUCAUCCAAAUCAUGGUGGCAGAUUGACUUUAGGCGAACAAUGAAGAUUGAUGGUAUUUACACUCAAGGACAAGAAAACAGAAACUCUUUUGUGAGAUAUUACUACGUCAAGUAUAGUCAGGACAGAGAGCACUUCUCCGAACAGAGACAAUGGCUUGAUGCGUACAAGAAUUUCCCAAGCAACUACGACUAUAAGAGCGUACAGUCACUGUUCUUUAAACCUGCCAUCAUCUGCCGUUUCAUGAGACUAUAUCCUAGUAGCUGGUAYUCUCGUGUUGCACUGAGACUUGAACUUUACGGCACCACAUGGAGUCGUUGUGACGCACCAAUGGGAGUCCAAGACAAGCGUGUUGCCGACCAAUCAAUGUCUGCCUCGUCAUACCAAAGCGCCACCUACGCACCAAAGGGUGCACGUCUCCAUUUGUAUUACGGCUGGACUCCUAAAUAUAAUCGCGUCGGCCAGUGGCACGAGGUUGAUUUUAGCGCAAUGGCUAGAGUGUAUCGUGUUGGAACACAGGGACGAAGUAAUACUCACUACUGGGUGAAGACAUUCUAUGUGAAGUACAGCAAAGAUCGAUCUACUUUUUACACUUACAAGGAGAAUAAUCGCCGAAAGGUUUUCAAAGGAAACUAUAACCGCUACACCGAAGUUAUCAACAAGUUCAAGAAGGCACUCAUUGGUAGAUACUUCCGUAUUUAUCCAUUGACCUGGAGAUCGUGGAUUUCUCUUAGAGUAGAGUACUACGGAUGCGUUGUGGGCAAAGGCUGCAAAGCACCAAUGGGAUUCAAAAAUGGAAAAAUCAAGAACUAUCAGCUCUCUGCCUCGUCCAGUCAUGACAGAAACCAUGGACCAGGCAAUGGCCGACUGUACUUCAAACGCACCGGAGCACGUGUUGGUGCUUGGUGUACCAARUACAAUGAUCGUAAUCAAUGGUACCAGGUAGACCUCCUACGUGCAUCUCGMAUUAGUAAAAUAUCCACCCAAGGACGAUCAGACGCUGACCAGUGGGUGACAAGGUACAGGCUCCAGUACAGUAGUGAUGGUGCCAACUUCGCUUUCUACCAGGAAGGUUAUAACCCUAAGUACUUCACGGCCAAUAGAAACAGAAAUGAYGYUGUUUCACAUCGAUUCUUCCCACAUAUUCGCUGUAGGGUUGUACGCCUGCUUCCUUACACAUGGUACAGGCACAUUUCCCUGAGAAUGGAACUUUUCGGCUGUCAUGAAGAUCGUUGCGCUAUGCCAGUCGGUCUUGARGACGGUCGCAUUACCGAGGGUCAGUUUUCAGCAUCUUCGUACUACAAYGCUCAUCUUUCACCUCGUUAUGGUCGURUUAACUUCGACUACAGCUGGCGACCACGACACAGGAACCGUCACCAGUGGCACCAAGUUGAYUUGGGUAACGUUAAUACCAUAAAAGGAGUUGCUACACAGGGAUCUCGCCGUUACAACUACUGGGUGACUUCUUAUAGACUGAGCUACAGCCACGAUGGUAUUUCGUGGAGAUGGUUCAGAGUCGGAAAAAAUGUCAAGAUUUUCUCAGGAAAUAAUGACAGAUACAAGGUUGUGCAACAUUUCUUCAGGCCAUUCAAAGCAUCACAGAUCCGUCUUUGGCCAUACACAUGGCACGGCUGGCCUGAUAUCCGYAUGGAAUACUAUGGCUGCACAGUCCAAUGUAACAGGGCGAUGGGAAUGGAAAAUGGYCGCAUUAGAAACAACAGAAUCACAGCAUCGUCYGUCUGGAGUCAAGCACUCGGCAARAACCGUGGYCGACUUAACAUUCAACGCCACGGCUCUAAACUAGGCUCGUGGUGCGUUAAUAGACGUGACMGAAAUAACAGACAGUACUACCAGGUCGAUCUUGCUCGUGUCUUCAAGAUUAAAAUGAUUGCAACUCAAGGUCGACAGGAUGUGAACUGGUUCGUCAGGUCAUUCUAUGUCCAAUAUAGCCAGGAUGGAUAUCACUGGGCCACGUACAGCCAUAGAAAUGGAUAUAAGACAUUCCCAGCCAACUAUAACAACCAAGCCACSAGAACAAAYAAAUUCAGUCCACCAAUCAUUGCUCGUUAUAUCCGAGUCAAUCCCAGAAGCUGGAACGGCUAUAGUUGCAUGCGAAUGGAACUUUAUGGUUGUAAAACAGAUGUUUGCGAUGCUCCUCUUGGUGUCCAAGAUGGCCGUAUUCGCCACGAGAUGUUUACAGCUUCGACAAUUUACGGAUCGUACCGUGGACCAUGGAGUGCAAGACUUCAUGCUUUCAACCAUGGUCGYUACUACAGUGGAUGGCUUCCCAAACGAAGCGAYCGCAAGCARUGGUURCARGUUGACUGUGGAUCUGUAGCUCGCAUCAAGAGAGUCGCUACCCAGGGCCGCUWUGACGCAAAUCAGUAUGUCAAGACAUACACUUUGUCUUACGGUUACAAUGGACACAAAUUUUACCCAUACAGGGAAGGAAGGAACGUGAGGGUAUUUGUUGGUAAUUAUGACCGYUACAUGGUCGCUACCAGGACCCUGUACCGUCCUCCCAAAGCUCGUUACGUACGUUUCCAUCCAGUGACCUGGUACGGUUAUAUUGUCUUACGUGUUGAGCUCUAUGGUUGCCGACUGUCUCCUCUAUGCAACAAACCAUUGGUUCGUACUCUACGCAACCGUCGCAUCACAGCGUCCUCAACACGUGGAGCUCCCUAYCAACCAUAUUACGCAAGACUCCACCAGAAAGCCAGCCGUGGCCGAGCCGGGGCCUGGACAGCCUURUACAACAACAACGAACAGUGGAUUGAGUAUGACUUUGGCGGUCCAACAAAGAUUGGCAUGAUGAAGAUUCARGGUCGACCUGAUGCUCAUGAAUGGGUUCGYUACUUCUACUUGUACCACAGUAUGGAUGGCGUGCGAUUCAACCCAAUGMGAUGGAACAGCGGAGGAAUUAGGAACUACCAAGCCAACGUUGAUAGAAAUUCAAUCAGAACUUGGGUCUUCAGYCCAAUGAUUCGCUGUGUUAAAAUCAGAGUCAGGCCAACCAGUUGGCAAUCUCGCAUCUCAAUGAGAGCCGAGUUCUUUGGUUGCCGAACAAACAAGUGCUACAUGCCUCUGGGUAUCGAAGACAGACGAAUCCCAGCCGAGAACUUCAGAGCMUCAAGCUUCCAAGAUGCCAAAAAUUUCGUUCCAUCACAAUCUCGACUCAGGAACUACCAAUAUGGUAGAGCCUAUUAUGGUUGGAGGCCAAAGCACAUGAACAACCGUCAAUGGCUCCAAUGUGAUAUUGGUAAAAUGGCUCGUGUUACUGGUGUUGCUACUCAGGAUCUUCGUGGUCAUAAUUACUGGGUUACUUCCUAUACCAUUAAAUAUAGCUCGAAUGGUAAAGCGUUUAGACGUUACAAGGCAUAUGGACAAGAGAAGGUUUUCAGAGGAAACUAUGACAACUAUCAUAUCGUUGCACACAAGUUCAAUCCAUUUAUCAAGGCGAGAUAUAUCCGUAUUUGCCCUGUUACUUGGUACAGAGGAAUUGGUCUUCGAUGGGAACUUUACGGUUGUCGAUAUGGAGGCGAACACUACUGUAACCUUCCAGUWGGAAUCCAAAAGGGAACCAUUAAAAACAGAGCCUUCUCCGCUUCAUCAUUCCGUAAGCGUGGAAACCCAUUCCUGGCCAGGYUGCACAGACACAACCGUGGUUACCUAGGUAGCUGGGUAGCCGCUCGCAAUGGUAACAACCAAUGGUUGACYGUCGAUCUUGGUCAAAUUAAGACCAUUAUUGGUAUCGACACACAAGGUCAAUGGGACAAGAAUUACUAUGUCUCYCAGUACUAUGUGUACUACAGUAGUGAUAACGUACACUUCGCUAUGUUGAGACACUGGCAGGGAACCGUACAGAUGAUUCAAGGAAACCGKGACAACAGAGGCAUUCGUACCCAGUCCUUCAACCAACCAAUCAUCGGUCGCUACAUCCGUAUUAGACCAAUGGGACGACGUAGCUUGAAUUCCUUGAGAUUGGAACUUUAUGGCUGCAACACCCGAUGCAAUGGUCCUCUGGGAUCAGAAGAUGGACGUGUUGCCAACCAAGAGAUCUCGGCUUCUUCAUACAGUAGCUCCAGCCUUGCACCAUGGAAAGCUCGACUUCGCCAGAACAGCGGCUCAUGGUGUUCAAAAUACAGAAACAAUCGCCAAUACCUACAGUUUGACUUCGGUGCUACAACCGUUGUAAARAGUAUYGCUACGCAAGGAUACCAUACGAAUACGCAGUACUACGUAAAGACGUACUCUGUUUCGUUUAGCAAUAAGGGAUACUCUUGGACUUGGUACCGUGAAGGUGGCCGGGCUAAGGUCUUCCAAGGAAACUUCGAUUCACAGGUUAUUGUUACMAAUCACUUCCGUAGUCCAAUCAAAGCCAGGUAUUAUCGUAUUUGGCCACGCACCUAUCGUUCGUACAUGUGUAUGAGAGUAGAGUUCUACGGAUGUGUUGUAGGCAAAAAGUGCGACCAGCCUCUUGGCAUGCAAAAYGGUAAAAUCACACGAAGUCGUAUCAUGGCAUCUUCCUACUAUGAUGUCAAUCAUGGACCACACAAUGGCCGUCUUAACUUUGCACGUCGCGGUCACAGAAUGGGAGCAUGGUGUGCUAAGUAUAAUAACUAUUACCAAUGGCUCAUGGCUGACUUUGGUCGACCAACAAGAAUCACUGUGAUAGCCACGCAAGGAAGACAAGAUGCUCACCAAUGGGUCACCAAGUACUAUCUAUCGUACAGUCAAGACAAGUCUGUCUUCACAGAUUACAAAGUGAAUUCAGCACGAAAGUAUUUUACUGCRAAUAGAGAUCGCAACACAGUUAAACAGUACCGUCUGUUCCCUCACAUCAAAACUCACUACAUYCGUAUUCAUCCAUAUGGCUGGAGAAGCCACAUCUGCUUGAGAGUCGAGUUCUACGGAUGCGCAGAAAAUCGUUGUAAUAUGCCUCUUGGUGUGGAAGACCGUCGAAUCAUCGAYAGUGACAUGACCUCUAAACCACGAACACGUUAYGGUUCWUAUGACCCAUGGAGAGGYAGGCUUAAYGAUGCUACCUCGUGGUACCCACGAUCAGCUUCUAAGCCAUACCUUCAAAUCAACUUCGUAAAAUUCGCGCGUGURCGCGGUGUUGCYACUCAGGGUCGACGAAACGCCAACCAGUAUGUACGAUCAUACACUGUUAGUACUACCAGUGAUGGUAUGAGGUAUAUUUUCUACAAUGAAAAUCGACGUCUGAAGAUAUUUGCUGCUAAUUCAGACAUGCAUACCAUUGUUUACCAUCAAUUCCGUCGGUUGAUCACUUGCCUCGCUCUGCGAUUCCAUCCACGAACAUGGUACGGUUACCCAACAAUGAGAGUCGAAGUCUAUGGAUGCUUAUAUCCUCGAUGUCACAGCGAUCUUGGCAUGCGAUCAGGACGCAUCCAUGACAAGCAGAUCACGGCAUCAUCAUGGUUAAACAACCAGCACGCUGCUAAGUUUGGACGUUUGUAUAUGAAGAAACGAGGACGAGUUAAUGUUGGAGCUUGGGUUGCUCGCGUAAACAAUGCUUAUCAAUGGCUGAAGGUCGACUUCCGUCGCUUCACAUUAGUGUCAGCCAUUGUAACCCAGGGUCGMCAGGAUUCCAAUGAAUGGGUAAAAUACUACAAGGUUGGUUACAGUCAAGAUGGCUACCAUUGGACAAAGUUCGAUGACUACCAUAACAGUCAGGUCAAGAACUUCAAGGCCAACAUCAAUCAACACGCCGUUGUCAUCAACACACUGCAGCCUUCAAUCAUCUGCCGUUUCAUUCGAAUCAAUCCCACGAGCUGGUACAGACGUAUUUCAAUGCGAGUUGAGUUCUAUGGCUGCAAAGCAGAUGCUUGUGACAGACCUCURGGUCUUGAGGAUGACCGCGUUUACAACUCACAAUUAACUGCAUCCUCUACACUUAACAAGUACUACAGUCCUGCCAUGGCAAGACUCAACCGUCUCGGUUACGGUGGUUGGACGUCAAAACUGCGUGAUCGUAAGCAAUGGCUGCAGAUUGACCUUGGCGUUAGCUCGCGAGUAAAGAGGAUUGCCAUUCAAGGUCGAUACAACACCAACUAUUGGACAGAAUCUUUUACCCUAUCAUACAGUCACAAGGGCAUAAGGUUUUAUCCUUAUAUGGAGAAAAAGAAUAGAGUCAGGGUUUUCCGUGGUAGCUGGGAAGACAGGAACAUGGUUGUUUAUAGUAGACUCUUCCGAACGAUCAAAGCACGGUAUAUUCGCAUUCACCCAAAACGAUGGUACAGCACUUACCCUGCUCUGAGAGUCGAGUUGUUUGGAUGCCGUCUUGGCAACGUCUGUCGACGUAUCAUGGGAAUGCAAUCAGGUAAGAUCAAAGACGGAAGAAUCUCUGCCUCAUCUCARUGGGGCAACAAUUACCGAGCACAGUUGGCACGWCUYAACCUCCAACGACGUGGCUCCAACAUGGGAGCAUGGUCUGCUAAAUACAACAACAGAUUCCAGUGGUGGAAGGUUGACUUCGGUCAUCCAGCGAAAAUCAGUAGGAUAUUUACGCAAGGACGCUCCGACGAUCGUCAAUGGGUUACGCAAUACAAAGUCAGGUACAGUCAAGACGACUCUGCCUACGCUCAUCAGAUGUUGAACAGUAACUUUAAGUAUUUCGCCGCAAAUCGAGAUCAGAAUACAGUUAAAGUGAACUACGUGGAUCCYCCAAUAAGAGGUCGAUACUUAGUCAUUGAGCCUUAUAAUUGGUAUCGCCAUAUCUCAAUGAGGGUAGAGUUCUAUGGAUGCUACAUAAACAAAUGCAAGAUUCCAAUGGGAUUAGAAGACGGUCGUGUAUACAAAGGACAACUGAGAGCUUCUUCGUACGCUAACUACAAUCAUGGMCCAGACAGAGGUCGUUUGAACCAGCGAAAUACCAACGGAAGAACCGGYGCAUGGUGUGCCCAACGUCGUGACGCCAAACAAUGGUGGCAGGCUGACUUCCAGAGAACAACAAUUUUGACUGGUAUUGCUACACAAGGUCGAUACGAAGCAAACCAAUGGGUGACAAGCUACUCCGUUAAGUAUGGAUUUGGCGCUGGAUUAAGAGACUAUCGUCAAUAUGGAAAGAAGAGAGUAUUCAGAGGAAACUUCGAUCGAAAUACWAUAGUAUCCUAUCAGUUCAUCCCAAUUAUCCGUGCUAGAGUCAUAAGAGUCUGUCCACUAACUUGGUAUUCAUGGGUUUCAAUGAGAAUCGAAAUCUACGGUUGCCCUACACGUUUGGCCUGCCGAAAGCCUGUUGGUUUCCAGAACAGACGUCUAAAGGACAACAAGAUCACUGCUUCUUCUACCUUCAGCAACCAAUACUUGCCUCGAUACGGUAGACUGUUCAAUCAUAGACGAGGACGUGUGUAUGGUGCUUGGGUUUCAAGACACAACAACCACAAUCAAUGGAUUAAAGCCGACAUGAGCCGUGCCUGGAAAAUCACUGGUAUUGCUACCCAAGGUCGUGAUGAUCAGAACCAAUGGGUGACCUACUUCUAUGUGUCCCACAGUCCUGACUGUAACAGAUAUAGCUUCCACACUUGGUGGAAGAGCAAUGCCAAGAAGCGUUUCACUGCAAACAAAGACAGGAACAGUGUGAUUGAGAACUGGUUCUUGCCGUACAUUUAUGCAAGAUGUGUUCGUGUUCAUCCAGCCGGAUGGUACUCUCGUAUCGCAAUGAGACUAGAGCUCUACGGAUGUCCUACAAGUGGCUGUAACAUGCCUCUUGGUCUACAAAACAAGGAGGUGCCCAACCCACGAAUGACUGCCUCCUCGUUCCGUUAUGCUGCUUGUGCCCCAUGGCAAGGACGUCUUGGACACACAUAUGCUUGGUGUGCUAAACAGCGAAAGCAAGGAGAGUGGCUUAAUGUAGACUUUGGCGCAGUGACCAAAUUUACGGCAGUUGCAACACAGGGUCGUAGAAACGCUGCCGAGUGGGUGAAAUCUUACUAUUUGUCAUAUAGUAGAAAGGGAAUCCGUUAUGUUGCUUACAAGGAAGGAAAGCGAACUAGGGUCUUUACGGGCAACUACGAGCAGUUCAUUCGAGUCAAAUAUCGUUUCCAACGAUCAUUCUUCGGUAGACAUAUUCGCUUCCACCCUCUAACCUGGUACACAUGGCCUUCUAUGCGAGUUGAGCUUUACGGCUGCGUUGUUGGACCUCGCUGUAACCGACCACUCGGAAUGAGCAAUGGUAAAAUAAGGGCCUCGGCUAUUAUGGCAUCGUCAAUGCAUAACUACAACCACGGUCCACAACUGGCUCGACUUAACUUACAAAGGAAGGGACACCUUAUGGGCGCUUGGUCUGCUAAAAUAAAUAACUAUUAUCAAUGGUUAAGAGUUGAUUUAGGAGGAUUUAGGCGAGUCACUAAGAUUGCAACCCAGGGACGMUCGGACGCUGACCAAUGGGUUACAAGCUACUAUCUGAAGUACUCCGUCGACUGCGUCAACUUUGCAUACUACAAACAAAACGCUGGAAUUAGAACAUUCCAGGCAAACCGUAACAGAAACAGCAUUGUCAUGUACCGUCUUUUCCCACCAAUCAAAGGACGCUGCGUUCAAUUCCAACCACGUGGYUGGCGAUCACACAUUUCCAUGCGUGUCGAAGUCUAUGGUUGUCCAGARCGCGCCUGYAACAUGCCUCUCGGUGUUGAAGAUGGGCGUAUYCGCGAGGGWGCGCUGACGUCAUCAUCRUCAUACUCAUACUUGACUCCUAAGUACAGCCGUCUCCAUGGUUACUAUUCAUGGAAUCCACGCACRAACAACCGCAACCAAUGGCUGCAGGUGUAUCUUAUAACCACAACUCGUAUAACGGGAGUCGCAACUCAAGGACGACACAACUCGAACCACUGGGUGAAGAAGUACAUGCUACAAUACAGUCUUAAUGGCCAGCGRUUUACGACUUACCGUGAGAAUGGUGCAAACAAACUGUUUAAUGGCAAUAGCGACCGACAUAGCGUUGUAUUCCAAACGAUUAUUAARCCUUUUGCUGCUCAAUAUGUGCGCUUCAGACCAUAUCUUUGGUAUGGAUGGAUAGCCAUGAGAGUCGAAGUAUUUGGAUGUCCAGUGAGCGGUCUAUGUAAUCGUGCUUUGGGAAUGCAGACCAACAGGAUUCGAAACAAGCARAUUAAGGCUUCGUCCSAAUACAAGAGCCAUCCAGCUACCAAGGGCAGACUUGGAAAUAUGCGCAGCUGYUGGGUCGCAAGGAUUCGCAACAGUAACCAAUGGUUUUGGGUCGAUUUCCGUGGUUUUAUGGUCGUCAGCCAGAUUGGUACUCAAGGACGACCUAARCACAAUCAAUGGGUCACGAACUACCAGAUAUUGUCUAGUAUUGACAACAUUCAUUGGCAGAGAUAUAGACUUCGCAAUGCUGUCACGACAUUCCAAUCAAACAGAGAUAGAUUCAGCAACGCGUUGGUAGCGCUSAAUCCACGAGUUAGAUGUCGUUACAUAAAGAUCAAUCCUCGUGGAUACAGCUCGUGGAUCUCCAUGAGAAUUGAAUUCUACGGUUGCAGGGCAGAUGCUUGUGACUUGCCUCUCGGUGUGGCCGAUGGACGAGUUUCCAAGGACGCCAUGACAGCCUCGUCUAUGUACUCCAUAAGUUAUGGACCAUGGCUUGCUCGCCUUCAAUCCACAAGCUACUGGCUCUCCAAAUACAAUAACCAUAAGCAAUGGUUACAAGUUGACUUGAAAACAAUCAGUAGAUGUUCUAGAAUAGACACCCAAGGUCGACCUAAUGCUUACCAGUGGGUUAAAAGCUACAUGUUAUCAUAUAGCGUCGACACCCGUCGUUUCCAUUCCUAUACUGAAAAUAGACGUGCCAAGAUCUUCCAAGGAAACAAUGAUCGAUAUCACGUCGUAACCCAUCGAUUCGCMCGCCGAUUCAAGGCACGAGUCGUACGAAUUCAUCCAAAAAGCUGGAGGUCUCACAUUUGYAUGCGRGUCGAGCUGUAUGGAUGCAGACUUGGUAAACUUUGCAACAGAGCCCUUGGAUUCCAAACUGGACGUCUUAAGAACCGUGUAUUCUCCGCUUCAUCGAGCCACAAUGCAUACCACGGUCCAUACYUGGCYAGACUUAAUAGAGUGAGACGCGGCCACUAUGUCGGGGCAUGGUGCGCAAAAUUCAACAAUCACUAUCAGUGGCUUAUGGUUGACUUCGGUCGUCCMACCAAGAUUAUCAGGAUCGCAACACAGGGAAGACAGGACGCUGAUCAAUGGGUGACCUACUAUUGGGUUUCUUACAGCGUGAAUAAUGUGAACUUUGUGUACUACAAGAAGGGAUCCGGCAAUUAUAAUUUCAAGGCCAACACCGAUAGAAACACYGUUAAGUUCAAUAACCUAUCGCCGUCAAUCAGGGCUUACUCCGUCCGUAUCAUCCCAAGAGGCUGGAGAUCSCAUAUCAGUAUGAGACUCGAAAUGUACGGUUGUUACAUCAACAAAUGUCUGUUGCCUGUCGGUAUUGCUGACCAGCGCAUUCCAGACGGUGCUUUUACAGCAUCUUCCUGGAUUAACUUCCAGCACGGUCCUGAACGGGCCCGUCUUGACCAGCCUAACAACGGUAGAGGUGUGGGCGCCUGGGUUGCUAAGCAUCGCAACAACAAACAAUGGCUGCAGAUUGAUUUCGGGGCCAUCUCCACGUUGACCGGCAUUGCCACACAGGGUCGCCAUGGUUCAAAUCAAUGGGUGAAAACAUACUAUAUUCAAUACAGUCGYGACUGUAGAAGAUUUGCCACKUACAGAGAGCAUGGACGAACAAGGGUAUUCCGAGGUAACUUCGACAUGUACACCCCAGUGGCCUAUCGCUUCUUCAAGGCUUUGAAGGCCCGCUGUAUCCGAUUCCGACCAUUAACAUGGAGGUCUUACAUUGCAAUGAGAGUCGAAGUCUACGGAUGUGUACCAGGUCCAUUGUGUGGAAGUCCACUUGGAUUAUCCAACGGCCGUCUGUCCAACCGUGCUAUUACUGCUACGUCAUCACUUAAUGCUGCGCAUGCGCCGUUCCUUGCACGUCUUCGUCGUAAGAAAACCAAACGCUACUCCAGCUCAUGGGUGUCUCGACACAACUCACACAAAGAAUACAUUCAGUUUGACUUUGGACGGUUCAUGAAGUUCACUGGUAUGGCUACUCAAGGAAACGAGGAUGCAAAUUGGUGGAUUCGCUACUUCUACUUGAAAUACAGUCUCGACAAUGAACUGUAUUCGUUCUAUGGCUUAACAUCUGGUAUCAAGAAUUUCCAGGCRAACAACGAUCGUGCCAGUAUUAAAAUCAUUUUAUUCAGGCUUCCAUUUGUUGCCCGUUUCAUACGUAUUUACCCACGUUCGUGGCACGGACGUAUUGCGUUAAGGGCUGAGUUCUACGGAUGUAUCGCAAGAGCACGAUGUAACCUACCAAUGGGAAUGACAUCACGACAGAUACCCAAUGAGCUCAUCACUGCUUCAUCGAGCAUUGGAGGAUCCUAUCAAUCAUGGUCCGGUAGAUUGUUCAAUGCUGGCUAUGGAUGGUAUUCUCGACACACAAACAAAAAACAAUGGAUGCAGGUUGACGUUGAAGGUUUGAGUAAAUUCAAGGCUAUUGCCACUCAAGGUCGACGUAACGGUAAUCAAUGGGUCACUAGCUACUACAUCACAUACAGUAGAGAUGGCUCGCGCUUUGUACCUUACCGAGAAGGAAAGGCUAUCAAGAUCUUCCGUGGAAAUCACGAGCGAUACAUAGUCGUGAAACACACAUUCCGUCGCCCAUUCCUUGCAAGAUACAUUCGAGUCCAUCCUGUUAGUUGGUACUCGAGGAUUUCAAUGAGAGUCGAAUUCUUUGGUUGCGCAAUCGGACCACGAUGUAACAAAGCCCUUGGAGUGCAGAGAGGACUUCCCAACCAAAUGAUAACGGCUUCAUCGGAGUUUGAUAAGUACCACGGUGCCUACCGUGCUCGUCUCCACGCUCAACGCGCUGGCCGAUAUCUUGGAUCGUGGUCUCCAAAAAUAAGCAACCACUACCAAUUCUUGCAAAUCUCCUUCCACAGACUCAUGAGGAUUGUGAAAGUUGCCACCCAAGGCCGACCUGAUGCCAACCAGUGGGUUAAACAGUACAAGUUCUACUACAGUACCAAUGGUGCACACUUCGCAAUUUACAAGACUAAUGGAAAUAUAAGGUAUUUCAAGGGUAACCAUGACAGGAACACAAUCCAAGCCAACAGACUCUUCCCAUCCACUAAAGGCCGAUUUUUCCGUUUUGUUCCUCAUUCUUGGUAUGCGUAUAUCUCAAUGAGGGUCGAACUUUAUGGCUGUGUCAUCAAUAAAUGCGAGGCUUCAAUGGGAUUAGAAGAUCGUCGAUUGCCACGUGGAGCAUUCCGUGCCUCGACGUUCUACAACGCCCAUCUUGCACCAUACGAAGGCAGACUGAACAGCCCUCAAUCAUGGACAGCACGUCAACGUAACGCAAAGCAAUGGCUACAGAUCGAUUUCUUUGGUCGUGCUCGCGUGACUGGAAUUGCUACUCAAGGAAGGCGUAACGCUAACCAAUGGGUGAAGAGCUAUGUCCUUUCUUAUUCUCACAGGGGAAUAUUCCGUGUUUACAGACAAGGUGGUCGCGUCAAGAUGUUCCGCGCCAACUCCGACCGUAACACUGUCGUCUACCACAUGCUCAAACCAAAUAUUGUGUCACAAUUGGUUCGUGUCCAUCCUAAGCAAUGGUACAGCUAUAUAUCUAUGAGAGUAGAGUUCUAUGGAUGUCGCAAAGGAUUGACAGAUAUUUGUAAUUACCCUGUCGGAAUGCAAAAYGGUCGUAUAAAGAACUCCCAGAUUACCAGCUCAUCUCAAUACAACCGUAAUUUUGCGGCUAGUCGCGCUCGACUCAACAGGAAUGGAGCGUGGAUGUCCAAGUUCAACAACCAUCUGCAGUGGCUGCAGGUCGACAUGAGACGAAUCUUAAAGGUCACUAUGCUUUCCAUACAAGGCUAUCAGCCACAAAACGCAUUUGUUCGACGAUUUAGAGUGGUUUAUAGUUUAGACGGUGCUCAUCAAGUCCCAGUACUUAAUAAGUACAAUACUGGAUAUGAGUACUUCUAUGGAGACCACGACUCAAGAAACACCAUCGAAACAAUAUCUUUCACCCACUAUUUGGUCUGUCGAUUUGUUCGUGUCUAUGCUCAUAGCAGAUACAGGAGAGACGCCAUGAGACUCGAGAUUCACGGCUGCAAACCAGAACACUGUGACAUCGCACUCGGUGCUGAAGACCAUCGCCUACCUGACGUUGCAUUCACAGCUUCCUCUAARCUUAGUGUCACUUAUGCUCCUCACAAGGCUCGACUUAAUACAAGAAGCUAUACAUGGAUUGCAAAGCACCAUAACAGGCACCAAUGGUUGUUGGUUGACCUCGGAAACAAGGCCAAGGUAGUGAAACUUGCCACGCAAGGAAACUACAGAUCUAACUACUGGGUCCGUGCAUAUAUCAUUAAGUACGGUAUGGCUAUCGAUUACCUGAGAAAAUACAAGGAAGGAAGAAAUGUCAGAGUUUUCCAAGCAAACUACGAUCGUAAUACCAUUGUAUACAACACCAUACGUCACAUCUGGACCAGAUAUGUACAAUUCCUGCCAACUUCCUGGCAUGGCUAUGUAUCAAUGAGAGUAGAGCUAUUUGGAUGCAGCGCUGGUCACUUGUGUAACCGUCAAAUGGGAUUGAGAAGUGGUGCCAUCCGAAAUAGAGCAAUUACAGCAUCGAGUCAGUAUAAUGCUCACACCCCUCCCUACCUCGCAAGGCUYAUGUUGAAGAAGAUGGGUAGAAGAAUUGGUGGGUGGAUUCCUAAACACCGCACACGACGUGAAUGGCUAGAGAUUGACGUUGGAAAACUUGCCAAGAUGAUUCGUAUCGCUACUCAAGGACGUCAAGAUGCAAGGCAAUUCACUCGACAGUAUACCYUGACUAGUAGUGUYGACGGUGUCCACUUUGCUUUGUACACGCACAAUUCAAAUCUAAAGAUCUUCCCUGCCAACCACGACCAAAACACCAUUAGAUUCAACUCUUUGAUUCCAUCCAUAAGAGGUCGAUUCCUGCGUGUGUAUCCAUACAGUUGGCAUUCAUACCCAGUCCUCCGCGUGGAAAUUUAUGGAUGUAAAUUAGAGGCUUGUACAGCUCCUAUUGGUCUCCAAGAUGGUCGUAUCCCAAAUCACUAUAUGACAGCAUCAAGCAUGUGGGACAAAAACCACGGUCCUUACCGCGCACGUCUUAACCUCCGCAAUUCAGGCGGUACUGGUGCCUGGUGUGCUCGCUAUAACAACGCCUUCCAAUGGCUUCAAUUCAAAUUGCUGCAAACAAGUAGAAUUACAGCUGUAUCCACACAAGGUCGAUAUGAAUCCAAUCAAUGGGUCAAGACAUACGAGAUUGCUUUCGGCUUCAAUGGCAAGAAAUUCACUUUCUAUUCCGUUAAGGGUAAAGUCAAGCUCUUCCAAGGUAACUACGACAGACAGACAAUUGUCACWCAUCGUCUCGUACCACAUUUAAGAGCACGUUACGUGCGAUUCUACCCCAAGACAUGGCAAGCACACAUCGCUAUGAGGAUUGAACUUUACGGCUGCUACCCAAUGAUGACAUCAAUGUGUUACAAGCCUCUGGGUGUCGGUAAUGGUCGCAUACCCGACUCAAGCCUAAGAGCUUCGUCUGCCUAUCAUCCAAGAACUAAAUACGGUCCACAAUUUGGUCGACUUCGUCGUAUGAACAUCCGUGGAACUAGCGGAGCAUGGAUCUCCCGUCACAAUAAYCAUAAUCAAUGGUUCCGUGUUGACCUUGGCCGAGCAUGCAAGGUCACUAAAGUUGCAACACAAGGACGUUACGAAGCACAUCAAUGGGUUACACAAUAUAAUCUCCUGUAUAGCACCAACAGCAGAAGCUUCCAUUACCUGCGCGAGGGCGGAAAGAUUAAGAUGUUCAAAGGAAACUUCGACCGUUAUUCCAUCGUCGAGAAUACUAUUGACCCUCCAAUCACAGCUCGAUUUGUCCAAUUCAGACCACGUGGUUGGAGAUCGCAUAUUUGUAUGCGAGUGGAAGUCUACGGUUGCUACUCAAAUGCACCCAGUAUGACGCGCCCAACUCUUGUCCCAACCAUCGUUCGACACCGAGGUGUUGCAAGAGUCGUCGCACGUUGUCAGUUUAGAAUCACCAACCGCAAAAAYAGAAGAACUGUGUCUGUUGUUCAAUUCUUCGUCAACAACCGUCUUACAAGAACCGUAAGCGUGAAAUGGUUCCAUGCUGACCUUGUUGAACAGACAUAUGGAUUCAAGGCUGGUGUUACGGUAUCUUGUCGUGUGAAGAGCCGAUUUGUUGGCGUCAAGGAUUACAGCAACUAUGACAGCAGCCAGAAGGUCUUCUUUGGAAUCAAGGUCCAUCCAAAGAAAAUCACUAUCUCAGAAACAAAACCAUGGCAAUUUAUCAAGACAACAGGAUUCGCUCCUAUUGGCUGCUACGGUAAAUCACUCGGCUGCAAGGUAGUAGCACCAAUCAGCAAGCACGACGAUUAUGUAACAGAUAAAUGUGCUCUCAAAAUGACUGAGCGUACACGAAAGAAGUAUGGAUUCUAUGUGAAGGCUGUUAAAGACUUCAAAAAAUCAGGAAAGAAGAGCAUGGUGYUAUAUUUUGGAAAAAUUAAAUCUCGUCCAGGUGGUAGCAAAUUUUGGCUUAAUUAUCAACUUCCACCUGUCAAGAUAUAUGCUCCUCCAGUAAACAAAGGCUUCAGAAAGUGCCACGCAACUGGUGAUCCACAUUACAGAACAUUUGAUGGAAUGUAUUAUGAUAUUCUUCGUAACCCUGGUACUUACACCUUUGUCAAGAGCACGCGAAGACCAUUCGAGGUUCAAACUCGUAUCUGGCCAUGUUGGAGAGUUGUGUGUAACUGUGGUGUUGCAGUCCGUGAAGACAACGAUGUUGUCGUCGUCGAUAUGUGCCACGGUGCAUGGAAACGAACUGUGCCUCGAGUUAUCCAGAAAUCGAAGGGAACACUUAAGAAGGUCAAAGUGACUCGCUAUGGAUCAGGACAGAGCUCAAGAUAUAAGUUUUCAUUGAAAUCUGGCGUAACUGUCAACGUGCAUGCAAACAACUGGGGUAUGAAUGUCUACAUUAGUAUCCCUGGAUCGGAUGCUGGUACUGUCGUCGGUCUGUGUGGAAAUGCCAAUGGCAAGAAACACGACGACAUUAGCAACAGGAACGUCUACUCAAUCUCUCGAAGAUACAAACUUAGACCUGGUACAACACUAUUCGAGCGYGCUCCUCCAAAAACAUCUCCAGGCCGAGGUCCAGGAAAAGGAAUCAAGCCUGCCUGUCAAUGUGUUCGACACAAAGGAAARCGCAUGAACUCAUGUGAUGUUCGACCUGCUCCUGAACUCGAGGAGGGAGGUGAACCCGUCACUCCUAUUGUUGUACCGCCCAAGAAAAAGAAGCCAGGCGACSAAGAUAGCACUGAYUACGAUCCAGAUUCAAUUAAUUACAAAUUUAAACCACCAAAGGUGAAUUACAAGCCACCAAAAUGGCCGACCGACACRGGUAUCACGAAAGCCAAGGCAUAUAAUCACUGUAGAAAGAAGUUCCGAAAACUUCCGCGUGCAUGUAAAAAACUCGUAAGGAAAGAUAGAGGAAAACUAAUGAAGGAUUGCCUCAAGGACAUCAUGUACUCAGGAGCGCUGAAAGCGUCUCGAAUGGCAUUCAGUAGUAUUCAAAAGUUAUGCAAAGAUAGAAUGCUUGAAGAUCCUAAGAACUGGAARAAGGGCAAGGAUGGUAAACUGAAACCUGACACUAAAAAAGUCGGUGGUCUCUGUCCUAACAGUUGUUCUGGUCGAGGUAAGGGUAAAUGCGUYAAGAACAAGUGCCGCUGCUUCAGAAAYUGGGCAGCCGAUGACUGUAGCAUCAAUAAGAAGAAGCCACCUAAACUCACUGGAGUACAAUCCAAGGGAUUGUGUAACGCUGAAAAGCGACAAUGUCACUUUGACAGCGUCUAUGGUUCUGGUUUCUUCAACCUUGGWCUUCGUUGUCACGCAAAGAAAUAUAAGCUUUAUGGCCGAAGAUGGCGUCCAGUUGGCGGUUGGGUCAAGACACAAGGUACAAUCCAGAGUUUCGCUGAAGUUCGCUGCAAGAUCCCUAUCAACAUCAAGAAGGGAAGAAAGAUCAAGGGCUUGCCUUUGAUGUUCAUGAUCAARGUGUCUAACAAUGGACGUUUGACCAGUAAUUCUAGGAAACUGAUAAUCUACGACUCAGCUUGUCACGCUUGUAAAGCUAAUGGACAAUGCACUACCAAGCGCAAUAACUGCAUCAUUAAGGGUAUCUGUUACCGUCCAAACGAAAGCAACCCGAAGAACAAGAACUUGAAAUGCGUUCCUGUCAUCAACAGAAAUGCUUGGACUAAAGUUGGUCAACUUCACCGUGCAUUGGGAAUGAAAAGYGGCAGGAUCCCCAACCAAGCAAUUUCCGCAUCGAGCACGUGGGGUAGAUUCCACGCCCCAUGGCUUGCUCGUUUGAACAAAUAYUACCGCAAGCCUUACGCUGGAGCUUGGUGUGCUAAGGUCAACAACAAGUACCAAUGGAUUCAGAUUUAUUUGAAAACUCCAAAGAAAGUUAAGAAGAUUGCAACUCAAGGUCGCCGUGACUAUAACCAAUGGGUCACUAGGUAUUACGUGACAUACAGUAUGGACGGUAGCCGCUUUAUUCCCUACAAAUGUAAAAAGAUAUUCACUGCCAACCGUAACCGCAAUGGCGUCGUAAGUCACAUUCUCAAGCCUGCUAUUAUAGCAAGAUACGUACGUCUCCAUCCAGUAUCAUGGGCCAAUCAUAUUUCCAUGAGACUUGAAUUGUACGGACACAGAAUGGCUUCCUUCAGACUACCUCUUGGUGUCCAGGAUAAACGUAUUCCUCAUGGUAAUAUGCAGGCAUCWUCUCGAUGGGACUACAACCAUGGAGCCUUCCGCGGAAGAUUACAUUUAUGUAUCCAAGGCCGUUUGAUUGGAGCAUGGUCAGCGCGUCAUAACAACCGUAACCAAUGGCUGCAAGUGUACACCGGUCGACGWGCRCUCGUGGUGGGAGUGGCAACUCAAGGUCGACAGGGCGUUAACCAAUGGGUGAAGACAUAUAUUUUGAAACACAGCAACAAUGGAGUUAACUUUAGGACUUACACCGUACGAAGGAGAACAAAGGUGUUCCGUGGCAACAGCGAUCAAAACACAGUUAGGAAGCAUGCACUCAUUCCGUAYAUACACGCAACGUAUGUACGCUUCUGUCCACAAACAUGGAGAGGACACAUUUCAAUGAGAGUAGAAUUGUACGGGCGACUUUAUGGAUACGUUCGCAGAGAGAAAUCUCUCGGUCUAGGYAUGCGCCAUAAACGUCUUCCAAACAGGGCUUUCAGUGCAUCUGGUAUAUGGAACGCUGCCCAUUCUGCUUUCUGUGGUAGAUUGGAYUGGACCAAACAUGGCCGAUAUAUCGGUGCAUGGUGUCCUCGACACAUGAACACGAAGCAAUGGAUUCAGAUUGACCUCGGUGCAAUAAGAAAGGUUUCAAAGAUUGCUACCCAAGGACGAAGUGAUCUGAGACAGUGGACCACACGUUACGUUAUUCGAUCAUCCCCUGACGGUAUAUAUUGGACUUACUACAAAGAACGCAGCGUCACAAAGAUGUUUAUUGCCAACCGAGAUCAAUUUACAAUCAAGGAAAACGUUUUUAGUCCAAAACUCACGGCCAGAUAUGUCCGUGUCUAUCCCAAGGCCUGGUAUGGAGGCAUUGCUUUGAGAUUUGAGUUGUAUGGACAUGCCACAGCAAAAACAAACGUUCCUCUUGGUGGAGAAGAUGGCAAGAUCAAAUGCAACCAGUUCAAGGCCUCUUCCAUGUGGGACAAAUACCACCAUGCAUGCCGAGGRAGACUGAACACCAUUAAGCAAGGACAUUAUCGUGGAGGYUGGGCUCCUCGUGCCAAAUAUCACCAAUGGUUGGAGAUCCGAUUCAACAGAGCAACGAUUAUUACAAGAAUCGUSACUCAAGGAAGAUAUGACAUAUCUCAAUGGACGAAGACCUAUUAUGUGAAAUACAGUAGAGAUGGCAGACGRUUUUAUGACUACAAAGUCGGUGGAAAGAGAAGGAUUUUCCCUGCCAAUAAUGACAGAAACAGCUAUGUCUCGAACUUUUUAAAGCCAUACAUUUAUUGCAAGCGCGUGCGUUUCUACCCUCUUACUUGGCACUCCCAUCCCAACUUGAGAGUCGAGCUUUACGGCACAAGAGGAGGUUACCAAAGACGUCGACUUCGUCCUCUUGGAAUCCAAAAGGGAAGAGUCCCCAACCGUCAUCUCAGUGCUUCAUCUUCAUGGGAUGCCAACCACGAUCCUUCUAGGGGAAGACUCAAGAUUAAGAGACGAGGACAUAAGGUUGGUGCCUGGUGUGCCAAGAGAAACGACUAUUAUCAGUGGUUCCAAGUUUACUUUAGAGCACCCAAAACGGUAUUGGCCAUUGCAACACAAGGUCGUCAAGAUGCCAAUCAAUGGGUGACCAAAUACAAAGUAACGUACAGCGUCAAUGGAGUUUACUUUGUACCAUACAGAGUUCGCGGAGUUGUGAAGAUUUUCAAUGGAAACAGAAACAGAAACACAGUUGUUAAGAACAGCUUUAACCCAGCAAUCAGAGGAACAAACUUCAGAGUUUAUCCAGUGAAGUGGCAUGCCCACAUCUCCAUGAGAAUAGAGCUUUAUGGAUUCCCAACAUCUCGCUCACUCCUUGGACUCGGUGUGGAGGAUGGCCGCAUUCCUAAUGGUGCUCUGACAGCAACAUCAUCUUGGGACCAUAAGCACGGACCACAAAGAGCUCGUCUAAACAUCGGAAGAUCUCGUGCAGGAAWCGGAGCCUGGUCGUCUAAGCACAACAACCGACGUCAAUAUCUUCAAAUUGACAUUGGUUGUCAAGCUUAUGUCAUUGCCAUAGCAACGCAAGGUCGUCAAGACUACAAACAGUGGGUGAAAUCCUACAAGGUUUCUUCCAGUAAAUUUGGUUUCCGAUUCACUUAUUAUCGCAAGACCUUGAAUGGAAACAGAGAUCAGCACUCAAUUGUCAAAAACAGAGUUGCCAUUAGAUGUCGAUACAUUCGUAUUCAUCCACAACAUUGGCACAGUCAUAUCUCCAUGAGGGUUGAACUGUACGGGUAUAGAUAUGGUCGAGCUGUUACUGUUGCUAGACCAGUUGGUUUCCAGAAUAAACGUAUCCCCAACAAAUCCUUCUCUGCUUCAACUAUCUACAACCGCUAUCACGCGGCAUGGCAGGCUCGCUUACACAACCUCCCACGUGGCCGAUGGACAGGCUGCUGGAUUCCUCGUCACAUGAACCAUCACCAAUGGAUUCAGGUUGACUUACGAAGAUUCUACAGGAUUGUUAAGAUGGCAUCCCAGGGUCGCUAUAAUGCUAAKCAAUAUGUUACAAAGUUUGUCGUGGUYUACAGUUUGGACAAAAUCCGAUGGCUUCCUUACACAAAGAGGGGACGGGUCCAGSUCUUCCCAGGAAACAGGGAUCCCAACACGGUGAAAGAGAACGUAUUCCGACCAGCUAUGAGAACCCGACAUGURCGCAUCCAUCCUAAGGGAUGGGUUAACUCAAUUGCAAUGAGACUUGAAUUCUACGGAAGGCUAGUGUCUGUACUGAGAGUUCCAAUUGGUGUCGCUGACGGUAAAAUCCCCAAUGCAUACAUUCGAGCAUCUUCCAAAUGGGAUAACAAUCACGCUGGAUGGAGAGGUCGUCUCUAUACUAGACGACGAGGUCAUUUGAUUGGUGCUUGGUCCGCCAAGAAAAACACUGUUGGCCAAUGGCUGCAGUGCUUCUUCGGACGUUACACUACAAUUACUCGUGUCUUGACACAAGGUCGACAGGAUCUAGACCAAUGGGUCACCAGCUAUACUCUUGCAUAUGGAAAUGACGGCUAUCGAUUCAGAACAUACAAGAACUUCGGACGUGAAAGGCGUUUCCUUGCCAACAGUGAUAGAAAUACUGUAGUUGGUCAUGAUCUAAGGCCUUACAUCCGACCUCGUUACGUCAGAUUCUACCCAAAAACAUGGAAAGGUCACAUUUCCAUGAGAAUUGGUUUCCUUGGUCGUCGAACAGGAGUAACGCGACCAAGUCUGAAAGCACUUGGAAUGCAAAAUGGACGUAUUCGUAACAACCAGAUCACAGCUUCMUCCAACUGGAAUGUUUAUCACGGUUCCUUCCGGGCCAGACUUCACAUGAAGCGAAGUGGUCGAUACCAAGGAGCCUGGUCUGCCAGGCAUAACAACCGAUACCAAUGGCUCCAGAUAAGAUUCCGUCAUCCUAAGAAGAUUGUUGCUGUGGCAACCCAAGGUCGAUACGCUGUUAGCCAAUGGGUGACACGUUACUACCUCACAUACAGUCUCAAUGGAGUUAACUAUGUUGAUUACUUCAAAAAUGGAGCACGCAAGUAUUUCAAAGGMAACAAGAAYCGUCAUGGAGUAGUACGCCAUAUAUUGAAUCCAAAUAUCAAUGCUAUUAGCGUUCGAUUCCACCCAGUUAACUGGAAAUCACAUAUUUCAAUGAGGGUUGAAUUGUAUGGACGAAACGCACUAAGAAGAAGCCUCCCUCUCGGUGUCGAAGAUGGCCGUAUUCCCGAUGGUAGCAUCAUUGCUUCCUCUAUCUGGGAUUACAACCACAGAGCAUCCAACGCCAGGCUCAACUCACGCCGUCGUGGCCACAGAACUGGUGCAUGGUCUUCAAGGUAUAACAAACGAGGACAAUGGAUUCAAUUUGAUAUAGGUUCCCUCGCACGUGUAAUAGGUGUAGCCAUACAAGGACGACAAGAUUACAACCAAUGGGUGACUAAGUAUAGAGUYACGUACAGUAGAGACGGAAGAAUUUUCCACCUUGUCAAAGCAGGAAGACGUGUCGUGACAUUCCGUGGCAACAGAGAYAGGAAUUCUAUUGUAUAUAGCCGCUUACCUAGAGCUAUUGCCGCUCGCUUCGUUCGUAUCUACCCACAGGCUUGGAAAGGUCACAUGUCACUCAGAUUUGAGUUGUACGGCCGACGAUACAGAAUACCAAGAAUACCUAAGCCAUGUGGUAUCAGUAACAGACGUCUACCUAACAAGUACAUCUCCGCCUCCAGUCAAUGGGACAAGUAUCAUGCAGCUUAUCUCGCUCGACUCUACAACCAACGCCGUGGCCGAUAUCARGGUGGCUGGUCAGCCAAACGAAACAGACGGGGAGAAUGGAUCCAGUAUGAUUUACGUAGGUAUAAGAARAUUUUCAUGGUCGCAACCCAAGGACGAAGUCACUACAAUCAGUUCGUYAGAAGCUAUAAAAUCAGAUACAGCGUGGAUGGACGACGAUGGAURUGGUACAGGGAAAACAGCGUUGUUAAGGUUCUUCCUGGAAACAGAGACCAUAACACCGUGAGACAAAACGUUUUCAAGCGGCCAUUCAUUUGUCGUUUCGUACGUAUCUACCCAUUCACGUGGUACAAGCACAUGUCACUAAGAGCUGAAUUCUAUGGCUACAUACAACCUCACAACAGGCUACCUAUCGGUGUUGAAGACCGCAGGAUUCCAGACUAUGCCAUAACCGCUUCCUCCAAAUGGGAUAAAAAUCACGGCCCUAGCAACGCUCGCCUUAACAACAAAAGACGCGGACAUAAAACUGGCGCAUGGUCAGCUAAACGCAACAAGCGAGGACAAUGGAUUCAGGUUUUCCUUGGAAAACGAAAGCAAAUCACUGCCAUUCUUACUCAAGGUCGACAAGACGCAGACCARUGGGUGACGUCAUACACUGUUGCCUAUAGCAACAAUGGAAGAAACUUCAGGCCUUACAAGGAACGUGGACGUACUAAGAUCUUCAGUGCCAACAAUGACAGAAACACAAUCGUCGAACGACGAGUAAAUAUUAUCUGUAGGUACAUCAGAAUCUACGUACGAACAUGGUACAAGCAUAUAUCCAUGAGAAUCGGACUGUUGGGACGACGAGGAGGACAUGUACGACCUCCAGUUCCUCUUCGAGCUCUUGGUAUGAGAAGUGGCUACAUCCGAAACGGACAGAUCAAAGCCUCAUCUAACUGGGACAGAAACCAUUACGCCUACCUGGCCAGACUUCACUUCAAAGCACGUGGACGUUUGCAAGGUGGAUGGUCUUCCAGACACAACAACAAACAUCAAUGGAUCCAGGUUACUUUCCGACGUCCAAAGGUUGUCAAUGGCAUCGCUACUCAAGGUCGACAGAACGCUAACCAGUGGGUGACACGUUAUUACCUUACGUAUAGCAUGAACCGUAUCCAUUUUGUUCCUUAUCGAUUCCGUGGAAGAACUAGGACAUUCCGUGGAAACAAAAACCGCAAUAGCGUUGUGUUACAUCGCCUUCGUCCAGCAAUCAGAUGUCUCAGCAUUCGUAUCCGUCCACUUGGAUGGCAUGGUCACAUCUCUAUGAGAUUUGAACUGUACGGUCGAAAUGCWGUUUCCGUUCGUCGAUUCCCAUUGGGAAUGGAAAACAAGCGUAUUCCAGACAGAGCCAUUACCGCAUCUUCACAAUGGAACUUCCAACACAGGGCAUCCAACGCCAGACUAAACGCACGCAGGACUAGACACAGAACUGGUGGAUGGUCUUCRAAAUAUAACAAACGAGGACAAUUUAUUCAAGUGGAUCUUGGUACUCGUUCGYUAGUGACUGGYAUYGCUACACAAGGUAGACAAGACGCAAACCAAUGGGUGACUCGAUAUUUCGUAACGUACGGCACGAAUGGACGACGUUUCUGGCAUUAUAGACAGGGCCGACGCGUCAUCUAUUUCCGCGGUAACAAAGACAGGAAYUCUAUAGUCUACCACCGAUUCUUCAGGCCAAUAAGGUGCCGAUUCAUCCGGGUAUAUCCAACACACUGGCGUGGUCACAUGUCAUUGAGACUUGAGCUUUAUGGACGAAGAUUACGUCCAGCGCCACGUCCAAGACCUAGUGGCAUAGCAAAUGGACGCCUACCCAACAGAUUCAUCACUGCGUCCAGUAUAUGGAACAAAUGGCACGCCGCAUGGUUGGCUCGUCUGCAUAGAAAGAGACGCGGACAUUACACUGGAGGAUGGGCCUCUCGCUAUAACAAGAUAGGACAAUGGAUUCAAUUCGACCUCAGAAGAACUAAGAGAAUAUACAAGGUUGUCACUCAGGGACGUCAAGAUGCCAACCAAUGGGUGACCAGAUACCAAAUCAGAUACAGUCAAAAUGGAAGACACUUUGUAUAUUACAAGAAAAACAGUCGUGUYGUUACUUUYAUUGGAAAYCGUGACCGWAACACUGUCAAAGGAAACUAUUUCCGACUKCCGAUUAUUGCCCGAUAUGUMCGUAUCUACCCAGUCUCUUGGUAYCGACACAUCGCUCUCAGAGCAGAAUUCUACGUUAGGAGAGCUUCCAUCUUUAAUAUUCCAGUGGGAAUCGAGGAUGGAAAGAUUCCWUACAGUGCAUUCAGAGCCUCAUCGAGCUGGGACCGAAACCACGGUCCAUCGAGAGCACGUUUGAAUACUAUAAGACAAGGACGUAAGACAGGAGCAUGGUCUGCCAAGCGCAACAACARAAAACAAUGGAUUCAAGUGUACCUCGGUAGAAAAACAUUGAUCACUCGCAUACUAACCCAAGGUCGUCAGGAUGCCAACCAAUGGGUGACGAAGUACACCGUAUCCUAUAGCAACAAUGGAAGACGAUUCCUACCUUACAGACGCCGAGGRCGCACUGUGGUGUUACGAGGAAACUCCGACAGGAACACUAUUGUUGUACAGAAAUUAAGACCAGUUAUCCGRGCUCGUUUUAUCAGAAUUCAUCCAAAACGCUGGGUUGGACAUAUCUCCAUGAGAUUUGAACUCAGRGGAAGACGAGUUGUCAGACCGAUCAUUGGCCGACCUCUUCGCCCACUUGGAAUGCAGAGUGGACGUAUUCGCAAUAACCAGAUCMGAGCCUCAUCUAACUGGGACARAAACCAUUWCGCCUACCUGGCCAGACUUCACUUCAAAGCACGUGGACGUUUGCAAGGUGGAUGGUCUUCCAGACACAACAACAGACAUCAAUGGAUMCAGGUUACAUUCCGUCGUAUGAAAGUCAUCACAGCCGUUGCUACUCAAGGUCGUCAGAACGCUAAUCAGUGGGUAACUCGCUAYUGGAUCAGCUACAGUCACAAUGGAGUUCAUUUCGUUCCAUUCCGAUGGCGAGGAAGAUUAAGAUAUUUCMGAGGAAAUAAGAAUCGCAACGGUGUGGUUCUGCACCGUAUGUCAAUUCGAGCAAGAGCCAUCCGUAUCCAYCCAGCUGCCUGGAGAGGACACAUCUCUAUGCGACUGGAAUUGUAUGGACGAAAUGCUGUCACUCACAGAAAAACUCCACUUGGUAUGCAAUCUGGCCGAAUACCAAACAGACACAUCUCUGCAUCUUCGCAAUGGGACGGCAAUCACGGGCCAGCUAAUGCCAGGUUGUACUUCAAGCGCAGAGGACGUAGAACUGGUGCAUGGUCUUCAAGACACAACAAACGAGGACAAUGGAUCCAAGUGAAGUUCCGACGUCUUGUACGUGUUACUGGAAUUGCUACUCAAGGUAGACAAGAUGCAAAUCAAUGGGUGACAAGAUACUACGUAAAGUAUAGCAGAGAUGGUAGAAGAUUCCGUUGGUUAGCGCAUGGUCGACGUAUAAUCUCCUUCCGUGGAAACAGUAACAGAAACAGCGUUGUUUAUAACCGAUUCCCUAGAGCAUUCUUAGCCCGAUAUGUCCGUGUCUAUCCAAUAGCCUGGCGUAGCCAUAUGUCGUUKAGAAUGGAGCUUUAUGGGCGAAGAAUCGGUCGACCAAAACCACCAAUCAAACCAGUCGUUGGACGUCUGCCMAACAAAUACAUCAUCGCAUCCAGUAUAUGGAACAARUGGCACGCCGCAUGGUUGGCRCGUUUGCAUAGAAAGAGACGCGGACAUUACGUUGGUUCAUGGAGUUCCCGUGCAAACAACAGAAGGCAAUGGAUUCAGUACGCCCUGAGAGGACCCAAGAGGGUCAUCAAGGUUGUCACUCAGGGACGUCAAGAUGCCAACCAAUGGGUUACCAAGUACAAGAUCAGCUACAGUCAAGAUGGACGACACUGGGUUCAAUACAAGAAACACGGCCGUGUGGUGAUAUUCCCUGGAAACCGAGACAGAAAUACGCUGAGAGGAAAUUAUUUCCGACCAACUUUCAUAGCUUCGUUUGUCCGUAUCCAUCCUUGGGCCUGGUAUGGACAUAUCUCCCUCAGAGCGGAAUUCUACGUCAGGAGAGUUUCUCGUAACAAAAUACCKCUCGGAAUUGAGGAUAAGACMCUACCCAACAAUGCCUUCAGAGCUUCAUCUAGCUGGGACCGCAACCACGGGCCAUCAAGAGCGCGYCUGAAUACUAUAAGACAAGGACGUAAGACAGGAGCAUGGUCUGCCAAGCGCAAUAAUGGACGUCAAUGGAUUCAAGUUGAUCUUGGAAAACGAAAAACUGUCACUCAAAUAUUGACUCAAGGUAGACAAGAYGCUAAUCAAUGGGUAACGAAGUACAAGGUAGCUUAUAGCAUCCAUGGAAGACGCUUCAGAGUUUACAGAGAAAGAGGACACGUCAAGGUGUUCCGAGGAAACUCCAACAGACAUACAAUCGUAAUUCAGACAUUAAGGCGACGCAUCCGAGCUCGUGUCAUUAGACUUCUCCCAGUAGCCUGGCAUGGACAUAUUUCAUUGAGAUUCGGACUGAGAGGAAGACGAGUUGUCAGACCAAUCAUUGGACGACCACUGCGCCCACUUGGAAUGCAGAAUCGACGUAUUCGCAACAACCAAAUCUCAGCUUCAUCUAACUGGGACAGAAACCAUUACGCCUACCUGGCCAGACUUCACUUCAAAGCACGUGGACGUUUGCAAGGUGGAUGGUCUUCCAGACACAACAACAGAAAACAAUGGAUACAGGUUAAAUUCCGCCGUAUGAAAGUCAUCUUAGCCGUUGCUACUCAAGGUCGUCAGAACGCWGAUCAGUGGGUAACUCGCUACUGGAUCAGCUUUAGCCAUGAUGGUGUUCGUUUUACUCCAUUGAGAUGGCGAGGAAGAACAAGAUAUUUCAGAGGAAAUAGGAAUCGCAACAGUGUGGUUCUGCACCGUAUGCAUAUUCGAGCAAGAGCCAUCCGUAUCCAUCCAUUUAGCUGGAGAGGACACAUCUCUAUGCGACUGGAAUUGUAUGGACGAAAUGCUAUCACUAACAACAAAAGGCCACUUGGAAUGCAAUCACGCCGUAUUCCAGACAGAUACAUCACUGCAUCCUCAGUAUGGGACAACAACCACAGGGCUUCCAACGCCAGACUCAACUUCAGGCGCAGGGGACGCAGAACUGGUGGAUGGUCUUCAAGACAUAACAAACGAGGACAAUGGAUUCAAGUUUCCUUUGGACAGCAUGCUCUUGUGACUGGAAUCGCUACUCAAGGUCGACAAGAUGCCAACCAAUGGGUGACAAGGUAUGCCGUCAUGUACAGCCAAAAUGGAAGACAUUUCCGAUAUUAUGGACAUGGUCGUCGUAUCUACUACUUGCGUGGUAACAGAAACAGAAAUGGUAUUGUCUACCACAAAUUCGUUCGACCAUUCAAAGCCAAGUAUGUGCGCGUUUAUCCUCAAGCAUGGUAUCGUCAUAUGUCAUUGAGAUUGGAACUUUACGGAAAACGAAUUGGUCGACCAAGACCACCAAUUGUCAUUUGUAUUGGACGUCUACCCAAGAAAUACAUCACAGCRUCAUCGCAAUGGAACAAAUAUCACGCUCCAUGGCGAGCUCGUCUACACACAAAGAGGCAAGGACGCUACAUCGGAGGAUGGGCUUCCCGUGUAAACAACAGAAGACAAUGGAUUCAGUUCCACUUUAAACAUUACAUGAGAGUCUACAAGGUUGUCACUCAGGGACGUCGAGAUGCCAACCAAUGGGUGACAAGAUACAAAAUCGGAUACAGCCAAGAUAAGAAAUACUGGUCYUACUACAAGAUACACGGCCGUGUUGCGAUAUUUAAUGGAAACCGCGACAGAAAUACGCUGAGAGGAAACUAUUUCCGACCAGCGUUCAUCGCCAGAGUUGUCCGUAUCUACCCAGUGAAUUGGCACCGACACAUCUCUCUUAGAGCUGAAUUCUAUGCCAGAAGAGUUUCAAUCUAUAAGAUCCCACUCGGAAUUGAAGAUGGUAAGAUUAAAAACAACGCUAUCAAAGCUUCAUCUAGCUGGGACCGYAACCACGGACCAUCAAGAGGACGUCUAAACACUAAUAAGCAAGGAAGUAAGAGAGGAGCCUGGUCUGCAAAGAAAAAUAACAAAGCCCAAUGGCUUCAAUUUGAUCUUGGCAAACGAACCACUAUCACUCAGAUACUGACCCAAGGUAGACAAGACGCUAACCAAUGGGUGAAGACGUACAUCGUAUCCUAUAGCAACAAUGGAAGACGCUUUAGAUAUUACAGAUACCGAGGACGCGUCAGGGUCUUCGCAGCGAACUCUAACAGAAAUACAAUUGUUGUCCGAAAUCUCAGGCCAUACAUCAAUUGCCGCUUUAUUAGAAUUCACCCAAAGACCUGGCAUGCACAUAUCUCAAUGAGAGUUGGAUUCAGAGGAAGACGAACUACGAAACCAAUCAAACCAAUUCCACCCAAGCCAACGGGUAAUGCACUUGGAAUGCAGAGUAGACGUAUCCGCAAUAACCAGAUCACAGCUUCGUCCAACUGGAAUAAAUACCACAUUGCUUACAGRGCAAGACUCCACACCAAGAGACGUGGACGAUAUACUGGUGCCUGGUCUGCCAGAUAUAAUAACAGAAACCAAUUUAUCCAGAUUAAAUUAAGAAGACCAAAGAAGAUCGUUGCAAUCGCAACUCAAGGUAGACAAGAUGCCAACCAAUGGGUGACAAGAUACACCGUGUCUUACAGUUUGGAUGGCGUCCACUUCCAGUUCUACAGACAACGAGGACGAAGAGUGAUUUUCCGUGGUAACAAUAACCGAAACACCGUCAAACGAAACAACUUCCGCCCAGCAAUUAUAGCAACCCACAUUCGUAUUCACCCAUACGCAUGGCGCAGUCACAUCUCAAUGAGACUUGAAUUGUAUGGACGAAACGCAAAUAUUCGCUUCUUGCCUCUUGGUGUUACCGAUGGACGAAUCACAGACAGACGUAUGACAGCAUCUUCACAAUGGAACUAUGCACAUAGAGCUGCCAACGCSAGGCUCAACUUUGUCCGCAGACGUGGCCGAACUGGAGCAUGGUCUUCAAGAUACAACAGAGUCGGCCAAUGGCUUCAAAUCGAUCUUUCAUAUCGCACUCGUUUGACUGGCAUCGCUACGCAAGGUAGACAAGAUGCCAACCARUGGGUGACUAGAUACUACGUAAAGUAUAGCAGUAGAGGACGACGAUUCGUGCCUUACAGAAUUGGAAGACGAACUGUUAUCUUUAGAGGAAACAGGGAUCGAAACUCCAUAGUGAUUAAUAAAUUCCGACGCUCAUUUACUGCCCGCUUUGUCAGAAUCUACCCACUAAAAUGGUAUAGACAUAUGUCCAUGAGAGUAGAGUUGUUCGGACAAAGAUAUGUUCGACUACCACGCCCAACCUCUUGUGGUAUCGGCAGCGGACGUCUACCAAACAGAUUCAUCACAGCCUCCAGCCAAUUUAACAGAUAUCAUGCCGCAUUUUUGGGUCGUCUUGGCCGAAAGAGACGAGGACGGUACGUUGGAGCAUGGUGCGCUCGUAGAAACAACAGAAACCAAUGGAUUCAAUACAGAUUCAGACAGUUCAAGAGAAUCUACAAGGUUGUUACCCAGGGUCGUCAAGAUGCUAACCAAUGGGUGCGYAGGUUUAUCAUYAGAUACAGUCAAGAUGGAAAGAGAUGGGCUACAGUSAUGGUCAAUGGAAGACCCAAGGUAUUCCCCGGAAAUCGCGACCGCAACUCUUUGAUGGAAAACGUCUUUGAUCCACCAUUCACGGCCAAGUUCGUUCGUAUCUACGCUGUAUCAUGGCACGCACACAUCUCUCUGAGAGCUGAAUUCUUCGCUGCUCGAGCAUCUCGCAACAGCGUACCGAUGGGUAUUGAAGAUAACUUCAUUCCAAACCGUAACUUCAAGGCUUCGUCAAAAUGGGACAACAACCACGGCCCACACCGUGCKCGUCUCAAUAUCAGGCGACGUGGACGCCAAGUCGGUGGCUGGUCAGCAAGAAAGAACGAUAGAAAACAAUGGAUUCAAGUUGACGUUGGCGCUCGUACAAUCAUUACCAAGAUUUUGAUCCAAGGUAGACAAGAUGCUAACCAAUGGGUGAAGACAUUCACCGUAUCCUAUAGCAACAAUGGACGACGCUUCACAGUUUACAGAUAUAGAGGACGCCCAUGGGUUUUCACUGGAAACAGCGAUCGAAACACAGUCGUUGUCCAUGUUCUAAGACCAGCAAUCCGAGCUCGCUUCAUCAGAAUCAAUCCAAUCACAUAUCAUGGACAUAUCUCAUUGAGAUUUGGACUCCGAGGAAGACGACCAGCUCAAAUCAAACCACCUAGGCCACCUAUCCGACCAACACGACCACCAGCACCUAUCCCUAUCAGGCACUGUCCAGUCACACUCGAUCUCGGCUUCCUUAUCGAUGGAUCAAACAACAUUGGAGGACGAAACUUCCAUCUUGCAAAAAUGUUCUCCCAACGACUUGCAAGCACGUUCACAAUUACAAGACAUCAAACUCAUAUCGGUCUUGUCACCUACUCGAACUCUGCUCGAGUUGUCAUGAGAUUCCGUCAGUACAACAAUCUGGCAACGGUAUCACGUGCCAUCAACUCAGCCCAUUUAUCCAACCGUCGUGGWGGUCGUCUUGACAUUGGUCUUGCUACKGCAUACCAAACAUUCUUCCGUAACGAGCCCGAUUACAUCCAACGUACGCUUGUUGUCAUAACGAACGGCAAACCAAACAGCUAUACAUUCGGCCGCAUUCGUCAUUACAGCACAUUGAUGGAGAGGAAGGGCGUCAAGAUCUUUAUCGUUAGAAUUGGUAACGUCAGACGAGGAUCACUAUCGAGAUACACAUACAAGGACCGCAAUGUGUUCUACUUGCGCUCGUACCAGGAACUAUUGAGAAACUCAGGAAGAAUCGCCCGCGCCGUUUGUAAACAACAGGCUCAAGAGCCAGAUAUCUACAAACUGUUCUUCAAGAGAAUGGGCAUUCCGCGACCUCCUCCCAAAAAGAACGAAAAGAACACAACUCAAUAAACUGAGCGGAACACUGAAAAAUGAAAAGAAUCUAAAAACUACCAGACAAAUUUAUUAUAUCUAUGUAAACGUAAAAUAAUUAGGCUUGUAAAAGUUUGUUACGAUAAGUGCGAUCCCAACAACUCCAGAGUCCUUCGAUCCAAUUCCAUCAAGCAACAUUUUUUUAAUAUCAAUUUAAAAUAUGUUAAUAGUAAUACGAUUUAUUGAGCUUGAAAUAUUUAUAUUACUCUGGUUAUAAUUAUUAACAUACAAGAAAAGGGAUGCAUAGAAACUUUACAGGCAAUCAAAAGAAGUAGAUAAUUAUAGACUAGCCAAAUUUAAUAGCUCUUAUAGAGCUGCUACUAUUUUUCACUCUGAUUGUAUAGAGUUUAACAUAAUUCAGUAAAUGAAUUCCGUCAAUAAAGCUUAGCAUUUAAAAAAUA